AUGGCUGCCGGCAUAGCUCCUUUUUCUCUCUCCGGUGGAAAUCCUCUCAAGACUAGGGAUAUGUUGUCGGUCAGGUCAGGCACUUUUGUCAAGGCACCACCAGUGACUAUUCAAACCAAGUCGAGUCGUUCUGGAAUCAGGCGCAACUUGUCUGUACGCGCAGAGUACAGUGAUCAUAGUGGUGGAAGUGGUGAUUUUGUAGCUGGAUUUCUUAUAGGAGGUGCAAUCUUUGGAACACUUGCAUAUGUUUUUGCUCCACAGAUAAGAAGGUCACUGCUAAACGAAGAUGAAUAUGGCUUUCGGAGGGCCAAGAGACCAAUUUACUACGAUGAUGGCUUGGAGAAAACCAGGCAGACCUUGAAUGAAAAAAUAGGUCAACUCAAUUCUGCCAUUGACAAUGUAUCUUCCCGGUUGAGAGGUGGUAAUAAUAUAUCGGAGGAGCCAAUUGAGACCGAUGCAGAAGAAGCUACCGCAUAA